AUGCCUUCCCCCGAACCCGACACGGAUGAGAUAGCACCGCCCAAACCCAAGACUCCGACUGUCCCUCAAAGGACGUCUCCCAAAAAUACUCCCAAUGGCGCAUCUAAUCGAAAGCCGGCUGUUAAGCCACGGAGUCCCGCCAGCGUACCAAUACACAAGCGACCACUAACGAAGAAGGCGGAGCCGACGUUGCUUAGUGAUUUUCUGCUGGGCAGACCAACACCAAGUCGCCAAAGACGAAAAAGUCUCGACGCAGUCAAGGCCGAGAUGCGCGAGAGUACUGUAAAUAGGAUUCAGAAGCCAGGAGGGGUACAUGAUCGGGUUAAGCAGUGGCAAAAGGCUAGUGCAGCAGCUGUCAUUGAAGAGGACGAUGAUCCAGAGUCUGUGCUGGAUGAGAUAAUAGUGGAAGUGGAGGAGGAUAGUGUUGUUGGGCCCAGUGUUGUAACCGAGGACAACAGGCUUCAUGUCAGGAAUCAGAAUAUCCGGCCUGGUCGACGGAAAAGUAGGGAUCCUGAAAGUUGGGCCGCAGAAGUAAGGAGCAAGAGUGCGCCGCGCAAAAGAGUUAUAAGCGAUGAUCAUUGGGUGAUAAAUAAGAACAAGACCUCUCCGAAGAAAAGAGAAAUCAAAGUGACGACGCGUGCUAUACCCAAGGACUUUCUCAAGCAAACGGCUGCCAAUCCCAAAUUGGACAGUAAAAUCGCUGAUUGGGUGAAGCGUACGGAGGCUGAGCCGAAGAGCCAUGGAGCGACCCAAUCUGCUUCACGAGUAAGCAAGACUCCACAGCCAGAAUUUCGCGGGGGGAAUAGAGGGAAAAUGAGGGCCAAGUCCUUAGGGGAGAUUAUAGUUGAGAUUGAGGAGGAUCCAGACCAGAAACCUGCAAAGAACGGAUUAAUAAUCGAGUCGAGGAGCAGCCCAAGCUCACGGAAGGCUUCGAACAACGGAUCUAAGGAGAGCCUUAUUAGUUCAUCAAAAGGAAAACAGAUUCCUAAACCAGAACCAUCCAGAACUUCAGCCAACGAUUUCAUUCGAGUCAAGCCAUGGGGGCAAACUGGGCGAUGGGAGGAUGGCAGUCGAGCAAGGCCUGUUCAGGCGAGAUGGAGAACUGCAGAGGUCAAGAAACAGAGUUCCGGGAGUAAUCCAUUUCUCGAUGGUAUUAGCUUGAAGCCAGUACCCGUUCAUAAGGACGACAAGCAAGCUUCUCUAAAACCAGAAAGGUCAGAUGAACAUUCGCUUCAUAAACGUAAGUCAUCAGAGAAUCAUCACAAGCCAGCAAAAGAGACCGAAAUCAAAGGUUUGCGCGGCCAUUCUGAUGGCGAACUCGACCAUGCGAAUGCGCACAACCCUGCUCGUCGUUCUCCAAGCUCCAGAAAACAUACAAGGAAAUCCCAUUCGCCUUCCCGGUCUGUGGAUGAGAUUCCCUUUGGCGAUUCUGCUUUCAGUACCCUGGAUCUCCCUAUCGGUGCCGAGGCUGGCAACACUGGUAAUAAACCUAAAUUCCAGAGGAAUCCUAGUCAUCUAGUACCCAAAGUCCUCAAACGCGUCUACAAUGAAGGGAAGAAGAUUAUACAGGAUACGCAUGAGACUCCCGAAAUGCCUCCAAGAGGUGGUGUCAAUCAGCCUCCAACAAUUGAGUCUUGGCUCAAUAAUACCACAGAUCCUUUUCUUGACGUGCCAAGCCCUAUUCCAACUCCAAAGUUGCCGGAAGAAUCUACGAAAGACGAUGAUAAUAAUGAGAAGUAUACUUCCAAAAUUGACCAAGAUCCGAAACAAUCACUCGAAGAGGAACGUAAAGGAGCGGGAAGUAGACAAAAACGUGUGCGAAAGGCUUCAGAUAACAGCUUCAGAAGCAGUAACGAUAAGUCACCUCUGGGCCGUGUUUUGGAUGAUCCGAUUGAAUUCAAAAAGCCUCCCACUCCACCAGCAGCUGGACUCCGAAGAAGCCCAGCUCUACGCACGGCUUCUCCUCCCGUAGUCAGGUCUACACGUAAAUCACCUCUUAAGGAUGCUUUGCUAGAUGCAUUCCGAGGUGAAUCUACAUUUGAGGGUAUUCUAGACCCAGAAGAUGAUGAUUACGACCAAGAAAAAGGAAACUAUGAUUUAGACGACUUUAAGAAUUCGAAUCGUGGAUUAAAGACACCCGAGAAUGAUAACUCGCGACGCAGUCGUUCAUCUGUAUCUAUGCUAUCCUUGCCCGAUGCGCCAUCAAAUAGCCGAACAAAAAGUAUCAGAUCAGCUCGAAGUGUGCGUACCGCUCGAAGUAAUUUAGAGACUGCUACCGAACGGGAUUUGAUGCGUGAAUUGGCUGGUGAUGAGGUGAAGUAUAUGAGAGAGUUAAAAACGUUGGUUGAUGGGGUGAUCCCAGUACUUCUCACUUGCGUUCUCUCUAAAUCAGAUUCGGCCAUUGCUGCUGGCCUCUUCAACCCCGACGCUACAGACAUGAAUGAAACAUUCCUCACCAAACCAAUUGUUGACAUGGGUGUUGCUCUCGAGCGUCUGAAGAGUUUACACAAACGCAUACCACUUGAGGAUCCAGAUGCUCUUAUAGUCUGGCUUCAGAGAGCUCAUCGAACUUAUCAAGACUACACUCAUGCUUGGAGAUUAGGUUUCCAGGAUGUUGUUGUGAAUCUAGCACCUGCUUCUCGCACAGCAUCGGCAGAAGAAAAAGAGGGCUCAUCACUUGACAACAUCCCACGCAAUGCUGAUGGGGAUAUUGUCAACUCGAAUGGUGAACGUGUGGAUGUUGCUUUCUUACUCAAGAGACCCCUCGGCCUCGACAAACUCAACCAUUCGGAACUCUCAGGCAAAGCCCUGAAGACAUUUGAAAAUUUGCAAGAAAUGGCCCGCCGUCGUGUUAAAGAAGAACAUGCUAGACUCGAGGAUCUCUAUGCAAACAACACCGACGCAAGUCGAGCUCGUAACCCCCAAACACUAGCUCCAGUUGAGGAUGUUCAUAUUGAUCGUACCAGACAAGUCUCGGCUAAAGAUUUCUUCGAUUUCGAUUUUCCACACUCUAAUGGCCAACGAAUUGAGUGCCGUGUAGAGUUGAUACUCCGGGAUAAUCUUUCGGAUGAGAUCGAUCCAGGAGAUGUUCUGAUCUGUGCAUCAGAGAUCACGCCGGAGGCUACACAUCGCUACUUACUAUUUCCUCCCAUUAACAGAGAUUUUAUAUCCGCUUGCCCCGGUGAGAAACCUGGUGAGGUGAUAAUCAUGAUCCGAGGUAUACAAAGACCCAUAGAAUGGCGAGAGAGUCUGCUUCUUAAGGGUGCUGAGCCUGAUACUGCAGCCGAGUGGAUUGAAAUGUUAGGCUCUGUCCCAAUGCCUCAACCAAUUUUGAGCUCCAUACCAGAUAACACAGAUACAGUAUCGAUGAUGUCUAUGGAUCCAUCCGAGAUAAGUGAGGCAGGCGAUCCUUAUGAUAACGACCUGCCAAUUGGUGCUCGCCGAAGAAGAAGAAAGCAUCAUUCGAAGGAGAGACCACGAUCUACAACCUUUUCUACCAUGUCGUCUGUUGAAAUUCCAGCGCCCCUGAAAAUAGAUCGCAAAGAAACAUCAUCUCCAUCACGAAGACAUCGAGAUGUUUCUCUUGACGAGAUAACUGGUCAAUCACACAUGAGACGUUCCAAAUCAUCAAGACAUCAUUCUCAUACGCGUACUCGAUCUACACCAAGCUCGCCUCUGUCAAGCCAACUUAUGCUUGAAACCUCGGACGAUGAAAGCAGGGGAAAUGAUGACUUUGAUGAAUUUGGAAGUCGAGCAUCUACACCAGGCAAGACAUCUCGCCGACCUCUUACGCCAUCUGAAGAACUACCUUAUAUCCCGAAAGUUCGCAAAACAAGCUCUGCUGCUUCGAUUGAUAGCGCUUCUACCACAAAAGACAACAUUCGACGCCAAUCAUAUGACACAAUAGAUUCUCAUGGAACAUCUACACGGUCUCGCAGCCCAGAACAAACUGAAGAGGACAGUGCUCCACCGCCUCCUCCUGCCCAUAGAUCGAUGUCGCCUAGCGGUCUCAAGCAACCAGUGAUUAUUGAGCCCCCCGCACCAAAUUCAAGAUCUCGACGCACUUCCUCUCCACUAAAGCAUGAAUAUCGACCUUCUGAUAUAUCCGAUGUAUCAGAGAGAUCUGAGGUGUCUGAAGAGGUUUCUGAAAUCUCCUAUUCAUCAUCGGAAGAAUCUGAUACAGAAGAAGAAGAGUCAACAUCCAGUUCUGAUGAAGAUGAACUCGAUGAACUUGAUGAACUUGAAGCUGCUGAUCUUCCAGAGGCAGAGCCCGCUCCAACUAUUUAUGGUAGACGUGCUAUUUCACCUACCACCUCUCUUUAUAGUCUGCCAAAUGUUACUCUGGCACCUGUGAACUCCACACCUCGAAUUCCGAUUGUACACAAGGUCGACAACAGUGAUAUCAGAAGACACGUUGCUACUGUCUCAACCUGGAAUAAUGCUAAAGGCCGUUGGGACGAUGUACAUGCGAAAUCUUGUUCGAUUAUUAUCCGUCCCGGAUUAAUUGAAGUAUAUGAAAUGUCAUCUAGACAUUCCUCCCCUGCAGUACUCUCAACCAUUCAAGAGUCCGUAGUAGAAGGUUCAGACGACACAAGUAAAGAGGACAAACGGCCAUUGCUUGGCCAGGUACUGACACCCGUUGUUACACUCAGGCAAAGCAACUCUCUCGAUAUCGAAAUACAUUCUCCCCCGACAACUGACUCGCGAGUUAAAUGCAGCCCUACAAUCAGAUAUCACAGCUUGCACAAUGCUGCAUGUGUUGAAUUAUACAAUUCAAUUCACAUGGCUCGCAUGAAUAAUCCAACAUAUAAGAAGCUUGAAGAAGAACGACUACUCAACUCAUAUGGGGAUGCACCUUACGAAACUGCAGUUGCCAGCAAGAAACGCAGCUUCUUAAGUUUUGGUCGUAGGAGGAGCUAUCGUGCAUCAACGCGUGCACCAUCAGUUGUCAACUCGGAUCAAAGUAGCUCCCCAUCUAUUUCACGUCUUUCCGAAUCUUUCAAGAGAUUAACCGGAAGUUCAUUUUUUAAUAUCGCAAAGUCCUCAAUAGAAUCAGGACGUGGAUCUAGUCCGUCAAGUCUUUACACUAGUUCCUCGGGCCUGACGCCACCUCGAACACCUCAUCCCGCAAGUCUUGCAGGUACCUCGACAUCAUAUGGGGGCGCCAAUUUAACCUCGGAGAACCUCAAAAUCCGUCUCUAUUACUUAGAAACACGAUCCAAAUGGCAAGACUGUGGAAAUGCCAGAUUAACAGUUACAGAACCACCACCAGGUAUGCGGCAAGCUUGUGCUGUAGAUCAGGGCAUUGAACGUCGUAUUCUUGUUACGCGAAAAGCAAUGAAACCAGAGAAUCCAGAUGAAAAGGUGGAGGUGUUACUAGAUGUUGUGCUUGGUGCGAAUUGUUUUAGUAUGAUUGGAAAUAAGGGAGUUACUUGUAACAUAUGGGAAGAUGUUGUAGGACCUAAUGGUGAGAUUGGAAUGGUGGGAGCUAUUGGGAGAGUGAGUGGAAGAACGAGGAAGUGGUGUUUGCAGGCAGGGAGUGUGCCCGAGGCAAGCUGGAUAUACAGUUUGGUUGCUGUGGGAAGAUAA